AUGGCAUCGUCGCAACCGAACAUGGAGCGCUUCCUCCGUGACUGGCGCCAGGAUGCGCUCAACAAGGCGCAGUACGACGCGGCCAUCUUCAUCGGCGACAAGCUGCUGGCAUUGACGAAAGACGACAAGGAUGCCUUCUGGCUGGCCCAAGUCCACUUCAAUGCCGGCAACUACACUCGCUCGCACGACCUGCUCAUCUCGCAUAACUUGAUCGGCUCGAACCCGUCCUGCCGCUACCUGGCCGCCCACUGCCUCAUCCGUCAGAACAACUUCGCCGAAGCCCUGGCCUUGCUAGGCGAGGCCACCCCGACCCACCUGUUCACCACCAACGCCAACGCCAACGCCAAGCGCAAGACAAGCCGCACCACCACCCGCGGCACCAGGGCCGGCUCCAAGGCCCCCGAGCGGCAGCCCGACGAGGUCAGCGAGGAGGAGUGGUCGAUCCGGCGGUAUGAGGCCGGCAUGUGCUAUCUGCGCGGGCUCUGCUACGCCAAGGAGAACGCCUUCGACCGCGCCAAGGAGGCGUACAAGAACGCGCUGCGCAUCGACGUACAGUGUUACGAGGCUUUCACUCAGCUGGUGCGCAACUCGCUCAUGUCGCCCGACGAAGAGGAUGAAUUCAUGCAAUCUCUCGACUUCGGCUCCGUGCGAGCGCCCAAGGGCGGCGAUGAUCCGGAGCUCCAGACGGAGCCUGGGGACUACGUGCACAUGCUGUACCAGACCCAGCUCUCUAAGUACCGCAACCCUCGCGCCUUCAACGUCGCCGUCGACUCGCUCUCGACGCACUACGGGCUGGCGGACAACCCGGACAUCCUCCUGGCUCGCGCCGAGCAGCUCUACACCCAGUGCCGCUUCAAGGACGCCCUCGCCAUCACCACCAUGAUCCUGAAGGAAGACCGGUCCAACUUCCCUGCGUACCCGGUCCACCUCGCCUGCCUGUACGAACUCAAGCAGACCAACGAGCUCUUCCUGGUGGCGCAUGACCUGGCCGACAAUUACCCGGACAAGGCGUGCACCUGGCUCGCGGUGGGCACCUACUACCUCGCCACCUCCAAGAUCGCCGACGCGCGCCGCUACUUCUCCAAGUCCUCCAUGAUGGACGCGACGUUCGGGCCGGCCUGGAUCGGCUUCGCGCACACCUUCGCCGCCGAGGGCGAGCACGACCAGGCCAUCACGGCCUACUCGACGGCGGCGCGCCUCUUCACCGGCACGCACCUCCCGCACCUCUUCCUCGGCAUGCAGAACCACGCCAUGAACAACAUGACGGCGGCCGAGGAGUUCCUCAAGUCGGCCUUCUCGCUGUGCCGCACCGACCCGCUGCUGCUCAACGAGAUGGGCAUCGUGCUGUACCACCAGGACCGCCUCAAGGAGGCGACGCGGCUGUUCCGGCAGGCGCUGCGCGUGGCCGACGACACGGGCGCCGACCCGCACGCCUGGCUGGGCGUGCGCACCAACCUGGCCCACGCCUACCGCCGCCUGCGCCUGUUCGACGAGGCCCUGGCCGAGUUCGACGCCGUGCUGCGCGACGGCGGCAAGGACGCCGCCGUCCUCUGCGCCAAGGCCCUGAUCAGGCUGGACCAGGGCCGCCCGGACGACGCGGCCCGCGUGCUGCACGAGGCCCUGGCCGUCAACCCGCAGGAUCCCAUCGCCACCGAGCUGCUCAACAAGGCGCUCGAGGAGUCGUCCGCUGGGGGGCUGAUGGGCGCGCUGCGCGCCGGGCUCGAUCCGGCCGACGGUGGCGAGGAGGUCGAGGACGUGGGCAUUGCGGAGAUGGAGAGGUUUGAGCUCGAGUUGGAGGAGAAGAAGGCUGCCGCCAGGGCGAGGCUGGAGAGGCGGACGAGGGGCAGGGCCGCUGCCACGUCUUCGUCUUCGUCGGGAGAUAAGGGGAAGGGCGUCAUGAGGGGCAAUGCGCGUGGGGGCGGGAGGCGCGGGGGAGGCGGCUAUGGGGCGGAUGAGAAGGCGGAGAGCAUGAUGGAGAUGAGCGACGACGGGUGA